GGUCGUCUUUUUUUUUUUUUUUUUUUUUUUUUCCCUCAAACAUUCUCCUACAAAAAAUGUUCCUCAAACAAAGCAGCUGGCAGACAACCCUCAAAGAGGCUAAAAUGUGAAAAAAGCAGCCUAGUAAAAUCAGAACAAGAAGGACUUAUAUGUGGAAGUGACAGCGAAAGCCUUGCUGCAUUGAGGGAAACACCUAAAACAUCUGAUGGGGAUGAGAGUUCAGAAGAUCCAGGAGGCCACAAUAUCAUUCAACAGAAAAAACGUGAAAGCAUUCCAGAGACUAAUGAAGACAAAAAGGAAGAGGGACACGAUGUUUCUGUCAAGCCACAUGCAGUGGAGUCAAGCAGUGCUUCAUUGAAAAUAGACAGUGAUGAACAUCUGGACAUCUGCAGUGAAGAGGAGAGGAGCUGUGAGAGUGUAUUUUCAGAUGGGUCUAGCCUGGAGGAUGCAGAUGUCCCGGGGAAGCCAAUACAACUAGACAGCAGUGCUUUCUUGAAUGAAGACAGUAACCAGCCCAUGCCAGUGGCCCUCUUCUUUGGAGAUGAGUGUUUACAGGAUCUCCCAGCAGCAGCACUCCCGAGGACAAUACUGAGCAGGCGAGAAUUCAGAAAGCUACAUUUCAUUGCAAAGGAAGAUGAGGAGGAGGAGGAAGAGGAUGUUGUCCAACAAUGA